AAGAAGUAUACUACCUUGAUGCCUCUCUUGAUGUGAAGAUACCUGUUCACGAAGAAGUAUGCAGAAGAUAGGGAGAAAGUUAAGUAUGAAUUCUACUUGAAGUUUUUCAAAGAAAAUUUUGCUUUGAGGUUCAGCAGGCCGCAGGUUGAUGUUUGUGGUGAAUGUGAACAACUCAGUACGAAACUAAAAGAUCACAGUCUCAAUGAUAAUGCAAAGUGAGUUGCUGCAGCAGAAAUGGGGGUACACAAACGAAGAGGUAAUAAGUUUUAUGCCAAACUCAAGGAAAUUAAAGCUUUAUGCCAGGAACAAGAUGAUGUCGGUGCUAUAGUUUUUGAUUACAUUCAGAAUAUGCCACUUCUGGUGAUAACUGUUCAGGAAAUGUUUUACUACCAACAGUUAUGGCUGUACAGAUUCGAGAUUCAUGACUUGAAAAAUAAUACUGGACAUUUCUACACAUAUCAUGAAGGACAAACUUUGAAAGGACCAAAUGAAGUUUGUAGCUUUAUUUAUGAUUACAUCAAGAAAAUACCUCCUGAGAUACAGGAACUUCAUAUUUUUUCGGAUGGUUGUCUGGGGCAGAAUUGUAAUCAUACAAUUUUGAGAUUUCUCUUACAUCUUUACAAAGCAAGCUUUUUUGCACAAUUUUUCAGUAUUUCCCUGUUCGUGGACACUCCUUCCUACCAUGUGACAGAGCCUUUGGAAAUGUCAAACAAGUCAUAAGAAGACAUGAUUGAAUUUAUCUACCAGAAGAUUAUCAGCACAUGAUUGCAAGCAGUCACAAAUUAAAGCCAUUUACAGUAUCAGUAAUCAAAUACAAUGAAAACUGCUUAGGCGACCACCUGCAUUCGAUGGGCACCUGUCAAAACGGGCAAAAUUUUCUGGCAUGGAAUAGUUUAUCCCUAGAGUCUUCAUAUAAGUUACCUGUAUUAAACGACCACCUGUGUAACGCGACCGCGGGCAUCGAUUUUUGGUCCAAAACAACAUACAACACCUGUAAUAAGCGACCACUUUCGCGAAUGUAUCUGGU